CCUGCCUCCUCUAGGUAGAGCGAAUGAACACUAAAUGCGAGUUACGGAUUGACCACUAACAAGGUGGGGUCCAAAAUAGGUUGGUAAGGGUGCGAAUCCUGGGGCACAUCCUCUCAACCCUCAGCCGCCGGUCACACAGCCACGAUCUUUUAUUUUGAAGACAUUAUCUUGCGGGUUUCCCUUUAGCCGCUGAGGCUAACUCUUCAAUCAUACUUACCACUAAAUGUCGUUGCUACUCAGAUCAGGGAAAAGGAGAGUUCACACCGUGUCUCACAUUGCGACACGCUGAACCAAGCUGGAGUUGGGGGAACUUUUCAUAAUAACUUGCGCACAACGCCUACCCGCGAAAGAUCGUUUUCAUUGUGCUCAUUUCAGUAAAUUUCUAGAAGAGAGUAUUGAAGUCACGAAAAUUAUGGCAAUGACUUCCUGCCCAGCUCAUUUCCUUGAAGAUUGCGGCGCUACCGGUCCUGUGGAGGCAAAUCCAGACAUCGCAGGUAUCGGAACCAUCAUCUCCUUCCUCCUAACGGCAUGCCUAGCCAUCAUUGCAUCCGUCAUUAUCAUCUAUCUCGACCACUACCAAAAAAUAGUUAACAUCUUCCGUCACUACGUAACCAAGAACCCCGAUGUCUACGCCGAAGACACGAACUAUAUACGCGGCUAUAAGCUCCAACGACAUCUCUUCUGGGCCGACGUCGUGCGGAAAAUUCUCAACGCGCUGAAUGAUUCCCAGCUCUUUACAGGCACCGCUGUGCAAAUUGUCUCGCUGAUCCAACACUGCACAAUCUCAAUUUACCACUACCAGAUCGUCACCGAGCUCGCUUAUCUGAGUACUGUCACGCAUUUGCUCGCGCUGGUCGCGCUGCGCGAUGACUUUGUCCAGGAUAGGUUGAGCAAUGUGCCCCGUGUGGCAGUCAUGAUUCUCAAUCUUGCACUCCUAGGGUAUACCAGUUUUUACGGAUAUUCCUACGAGCUCAGUAGUCUCGAACGCAAAAGUUCUGCAAAUCUCGCAUGCUACUACGCAGGCCACAAGCCAGCCUAUGGCCCAGCAUUCUGGUUCAAAUGGAUAUUACUGCUCGCUGCAGGCCUCGCAGGCCACUUUUCCAUAUUCUUCUCCAUGUAUGUCACGCGGCACAAGACGGAGGAUCGGUCGUGGAUACAGCUCUGGGGUGCGCGGUUCAGAAACUAUGUGGUUACGCCAGUGUACACGAUUUAUGGGCUGGUCAAUGCGAGUAUUGUGUUGAGUAGAUCGCAAGCACUGGGUUCGCCGUUGGUGGAGAUCGAGGGAAGUGAGAAGGAGUGGGGGUUUGGACAGUUGCUGGCUAUGCUACUUCUUGGGUUGACGUUGCUUCCUGGGUGGGAGACGUAUCGUGAGGAGGCGGACAUUGCAGAGUUGCUGGCGAUUUGAAGUUCGGCAAGAGUUAUGUUGCGCUGUGUCACAUUUUCCAUGGGGUUUAAUUGAAGGAGUACUCUGUGAGAUGACGUUGUAACAACCUUAG